AUGACGGCGUUGGAGCUGAGAGAUGCGGUGCUGACUCUGAUGACCACUGUAUUCUGCUCGGGGCUCGUCAAGAUCAGAGGAGAGUUGCUUUUGAGCUCGAAUGAGCUGACUAUCAAAUAUCAUAUUUACCUUGGAUACGGAGCAAGUGGCAGCAGGUCCGCGCUGCCUUGGACAAAGCUCGGCAAAUAUCAAAAGCGUGUGUCGAAAAUCGACAGAGACGUGGUGAGGAUUGAAAAGACCAUCCAGGAUCAAUGGGAUUUGAAGCGAACACACGCUAGCAUCAAGGAUCCACGCCCGAGUCUCAUCCUCAGCGUCGCCUUGACCGGCUUCACCGUUAUAACCAUCAACUUCACGCCACUAGCUUUCGCGGUGAGCCACUUCGCCCAGCCCCUUGACAGGUCUUUUCAUGAUCAAGUUCAUUUCGGCGGCACCAGCGGGACAACAGAAGCAAUGGGACGGACCCUUCAGCUGCCUAUUCUUUGCGUUUUGCGGGGACGUUACAACCGUGACGGAGAUCGUUUCCUCGGUGGUUACUAUCCUUCUCGUGAUAAUGUUCUUAAGGAGUUUCUGUACGAGCUGGCGGGAUACGAUCCCAAGCAGGUGGCUCAAACAGCGCUAGAGGGCGGCUCAAGAUCAAACCCAGAACAAUACUGCACGGUCACCUCCUGCGCAAAGGCCAUGGACAAGAACGCCACAAUACAGACGGUCUCGACUACAAAAUAG